AUGAAACUGAUUAUUCAGGAAGAUAUUGCCAAUUACUUCAAUUCAAUUUCAAAUUCUAAUGAAUGGGGAAAAUACCUUGAGGAUGCUGAUGUUCGAGCUAAGGCUGAGGCAUUACAAAAUGCUAUGCUUGCAUUUUCUGAUAUGAACACUGGUGCUGGUAAAAUUGAAAAUGGUAAAAAGGCAUUAAAAAUAGUUGUGGUUGGUGAUGGUGCUGUUGGUAAAACUUGUUUAUUAUUAGCUUUUAGUAAAGGUGAAAUCCCAACUGCUUAUGUCCCAACAGUUUUUGAAAAUUUCUCUCAUGUUAUGAAAUACAAGAACGAAGAAUUUAUUCUUCAUCUUUGGGAUACUGCUGGUCAAGAAGAAUAUGAUAGAUUAAGACCAUUAAGUUAUGCAGAUUCAGAUGUUGUAUUAUUAUGUUUUGCUGUGAAUAACAGAACAUCAUUUGAUAAUAUUUCGACUAAAUGGGAACCAGAAAUUAAGCAUUAUAUUGACACUGCAAAGACUGUUUUAGUUGGGUUAAAGGUUGACCUUCGAAAAGAUGGAUCUGAUGAUGUUACAAAACAAGAAGGUGAUGAUUUAUGUCAAAAACUUGGAUGUGUUGCUUAUAUAGAAGCAUCAUCAGUUGCAAAGAUUGGUUUGAACGAAGUUUUUGAAAAGUCAGUUGAUUGUAUCUUCUCAAAUAAACCCACCCCAAAAGCUUCUACUACAACUCAACCAAAAAGUCAAGAAAGUACCCAACAAAAGAAAAAAUCAAAAUGCCUUUUACAAUAA